CUUUAUGGAAUUUCAAGCAUCAUCCUGCGCCACCUUGUGAGAGCUACCCAAACAAAUCCUACAAACGAUUCGGGUUCUGCAAUGAGGCUUUUUGAAAAAUCUCACUAGUAAAAAAAAGGGUUUAAUAACUAUAAAUAAAUCAAUAAAAUAUUUUGUGAUAAAAAGAUAGGUUAAUUAGUUUAAACAAUUGUUUAAAAAAAGUAAAGCGCCGCCUCCAGGACUGAGUAGCAAGCUGUUAACGGCGAAUGGCCAUUUUGUGCGUGACAGUUCAAUAGGAGAGAGUACUUUAGCAUUUUUGUUCUAAUUUAUGAUACUAUUUUGUUAAUGUUACGUUUACAAACAUUAUCAAAUGACUUGAUGUAAUUAUAACGUGAUCAAUCGAUAGUUUUUUUUACAUUGAAAACUAAUGAUAUUACUAAACUCGUUGAACUCUUGAUAAAAUAAUGUGUAACCGAGUGUUUUAUGUGAAUGUUGGUGUAUUGAGUAUGCUUGACAUUAGCCAACCAUCACCAAGCCAGUAAUUCCAUCAUCGUUUAUCAAAGUUGAACUAUUUUUAGACCAAAAGGUGACGCUUGUUAUAAGCGAUAGAACGGAAAAAUUUGACCACCGAAACUCUGAAAAGUCAAAAUGGGGUUAUACCAGCGGAGGGAGCGCGGGACCUCCCUCGCUGAGGAGUGCAGAGGUCCCUACACCAACGUGGACGCCUCCAACAUCGUCUUUCAACGGUGAAUGUCCUCUCUCGAAUUCCACUAAUACACGGGGUCACACUGCCCAGAGAACUAAAUCGCGAGUGGAUGCAAUGUUGGAACGUGCUCUGACACAACCACAACAGUGCUCAGUAGAUCCGCUCGACAACGCCUUCAACUGGGGCAUACCUAUCUGGACUACCGACAAAUUGAAAGCUUGGUUAGAUAAAAUAUAUGCCUCCAUAAAAGACAACAAUACUCUGAAAAGUGUUAAUCGUAUUACUGCACAAAAAGAUCUCAAAGUAAAAGAGUUUAAAAAAUCAUUCAUAAAGUUUGAAUCAUAUAAAAGAGAUACAAGACCUGUUUUCUUGGAGUUAUCAGUGUGGCCAACGAUCAACUUUGACAGUGAAGUGGGAUCUUGUCCUUUUGAAACAAAGCCGCGAGAACAGAAAGUUGAAGAAAGGAGUGAUAAAUUAAAAAACAAAAAUAAGUCAAAAGAAAUGACUCGAAAACCACGAGCUAAUGCGACACGUGCUAGACGAUCGGAGCAGCUGGUCGCCGGGUAUUGUGAAAUAUGUCGUAGCGAUUACAAAGAUUUAACAAAACAUGUACAAAGUGACAAACAUUUAGCAUUUGUCCGUAACGAUGAUAAUUUUCUAUCGCUUGAUACUUUAAUAAAUGCAGGCGCUAAUGUUGAAGCUUUUUUAAAACUUAAUCAACCAGAUGACGUUGAGAAAGAUUUAUUUUCCAAUGGGAAAGAUAAUCUCGACGACGUCAUAAGUAACGAAAAGAUAAACAAGUCUACCAAAUCAGAAAUAUCUGAUUAUGAUUUAAAAAUGGUGCAGUGUAAUGGAGAUCGCAGGAAAUUAAGUCUCAAGUAUAAUUCUUCUCAUAACUUACGUACUCGCAUUAAGCAUGAAAGUGGUCAUCUUUUACGUUCGAAAGGUAGUCCAUGGCAUGAAAGUGAAAAAAGUGAUAAAUUUUUUGAUAGACUUGAAGGCUAUACAAUAAAAAAACGUGCAAAAGGGACUAUUUGGAUCGAAGAGGAUGACCCAUCAGAUAAAUGUUCUGAUGAUGAAAAGAGUGAUAAAGAGUCGAAAGCUCCAAUAGUUGAAAAAAAUCCUCUUAGUGAAUUAAAUGAUGGACGAUUAAAAAAUAAAGAAUGUUAUGAACAAACGCCGAAAAAAAAUCAGCAAUUAAGCAGAAUAGAAGAUCGAAAAGAAAAAAAGAAAGGCUCUGUUUUAUGUGAACAAAAAAGUAUUAGUGAAAAUGUUAAAGAUAAAGACAAUCCUUCUGGUGAAUUAAUUCCUCAAAAACGAAGUGAAUAUAAUUCUAGGUUAUCAUUAAAUGAAGAUAAAAAAUCACCGAGUAAAGAAAUCUUAGUCAAUGGAGCAUUAAAAUCUCUAGUUUCUCCUGCUCAAAAACUAAAUAAAGUUGAAACUGUAGAAACUCAUGAGGACACAAGAAAAAAUGUUGAUGAUUUAGAUAAAAGUGAAACAGAAGAAAAUGAUGGUGAAAAGAGUACAAAAGUAAAUCAACCUAAAGAAUGUGAAGCUAAAGAGAUUAAAGAAAAGCCAAGGUAUAAUAGAGGAAAUAAACGAAAUGUAAGAUCUAGGGCACGACAAAGGCUUUCUGUUGAAGAACGUUUAAUUGAGGAUAAUCGUGCUUAUUACAAGGUUGAAGUUUUAGGUAAUAAGUUAAGAUCUAGUGUAGCUCAUGUGAGCAAUAAUCAAAGUCUGCCGGUAAAAGAAGUAGAAAAAGAGAAAGAAGUUAAGAAAGAUGAUGGUCCAUCAAGUGAAAAGCCUGUAGUUGUAAGAUUUAAAAGAGUACGAAAGUCGGAAUUGUCGUUGCUCAGUGAUGAAGCUGAGUCUUUCAUGUUCGGAGAAUCUAGAAGAGAUGAUUGGAGUAAUUCUAGUGAUUGGAAUAAUGAAAAAAGCAAUAGUAGUAGUAGCAGUAUUUUACCUAACGAUACUGAAAGUGAAGAAGACAAUACGAAAGCAUCAUCGUCAAUUAUAUCAUCACCGUCGCGGACUGCAACAACAAACUUGCUCAUUAAACAAGAACUUCUUGAUGAAGAUUCGCAAGAUUCCUCUCACACAGGAAGAGCAAGAAAACGAAGACGCACGCAGACUGAGGUGUUGAUUAAAGAAAAUACUGAUUAUUAUAAAUUUGAAACGCCUGGAAGUAGAUUAAGGUUUCAGGGUCUCACUACUCCACAAUGUAAAGAGUCAGAAGUGCAUGAAUUAAAAAGUUUGGAAAAAUCACCGAACAAAGAUCAACCUGAAGGUGAAAAUAAAAUUGACUCAGUCACAAAUACUGAAGAAAAACUUUAUCCGUCCAAACCAUCAGCUGAAGUUGAAAAAAUGAAGUUUUCAUUUGAAUCAGUUCCGAAAUCUGAACCAUGGUAUCAAACGUAUCAAAGACAAGAUGAGGGUGCAGAAUUCUGGCAUUCAUUUAGUGAUUCAGAUGCUAAAAAACCUUUUUUAUUGCCAUAUGAGAUUGAAAACUUCCAUGAAAAUCUUCUUAAAAUUUGCCAAAAAAAUGAAAUGAAAAAGAAAGCUAGAUCUAGAGGUCCAAAUGGAUUGGGACGAUCGCCAAGAAAAAGCCCAAGAUGUCAUGCAUCUACUCUUGCAAUAAUGUCGACUAUUAUUCGUAAAAGAGAGCAACAGCAACAAACAGUGAUUCCUAAUGUUGCAGAUGAAGAAACAAGAUCUGGCGCCAACACUCCGAAACCAGAUGCCAAAUCCAGUACUGAUCUAGAAAUUCGCGAAAUAGCUAGAAGCAUUGAUGAAAUGUUGAAUGUUGAAAAUAAUCUAGACGACUCGUUUGAAUCAGAUGUAUUGGAUGGAAACUUGCAAGUAUUAACUGAAUCUGAACCAUCUGGACCACCACCGAAUCUCAUUGAAUUACUUGAUUCUUCAUAUCAACAAUAUUUUAAUGGGAUAGAAAAUUCUUCAUGUGCUAGUUCUGAAUGUGGUGAAGCUGUAACAGAAUCUCCUUUGAAACGUCGGAAAAGAAGAAAGAAUAGAACAGGAUGGCCUGGAAUAAGAGCAAGAAAGAAAAUGCAAAAAUUACCAACAAUCCCUGAUGUAGAUUCAGAAAGAGAAAAUGUUCCAGCGAAAACGCCAAAUCCGGAAGAAGAGGAAGAUGAAGACGAAGAUGAUGAAGAAGAAGAAGAGGAAGAAGAAGAAGAAAAUGUGAGAAAUCAACAGAGUAUUCUUGAAAGACUGCAAGCACCGAGUAUAGUAGAAGCUCCGGAUACUUCUCAAGACUCGAGAAUAAAAUGUAAAACAAACGAUUUUCCUGAAAAUCAAGUAACGAAUGAAGUAGAUGCUCACUCCUAUGAAAGCGAUGAUCCAUUAUCAAAAAAAUCGCAUCAAACAAAUGAUGAAAAUCAUGAAAAUGUAUUUAGGCAAGAUAUGCGUAUAACGAAUAAUACGAGGCAACAGAUAAGCUCGAAGCUAAUGACGCGAAAACGUCAACGAGAAUCUGAUGCAAGACCGUCUUCCUCAGUUUCUAUUGAUUCUCAUCCAGAGAUUAAGAAUCAUGAUCAUUUAUAUAGACAAAAACCAACGUCGGGAAUAAUAUCGAGAAAAAAUUAUUCAACUGGAACACUAUCUAAACGACGACCACGUGAUGGAAAAGAAACAAGUACCAUCGAAAUUAGUGAAGCAGAGUCUACAACUCCAUUAGCUGACGGUCAGCAACAUCGAGAGUCACCUUGUAAAAAGAAAGACUGUGUUAGCCCGAAAAAACAAUCAAAAACAAGGAAAAGACCUCGAAAAAGUACAUCAGAAACAAGCUUUGACAAUGAAAAUUGUAAAAAAGAUGAACUUGAAGUUGAUGUUGAGUGUAAAUUAUCAGAACGAGUGAGUUCAGAUCCAGUUUCUGGUCCUGAGUUACAGCAAAGACGUUCAAGCAUAGAAUUCCAACCUGUAGUUAGAGUGAUGAAAAUUGAGGAUCAAGUAGAUAUGGAUCACAAUAUUUUAUCAGUGACCGUGGCAAGUAAUCGUCGAUUAAGAAGUUCCAGUUCUCCGAAAUUGACGAAGUCGCCACCUGCUAAACGCUAUAAGCGAUCUAAAGGUCCUUUUGGUCGAUGGAUUAAAAACAGUUGAGAUAUUUAUUCUCUUGAUUGUAAAUUAAAUAAAUUUUUUUAAUUCGACACUGAACAUUAUAAAGUUUAGGCUUGAAUUUUAAAAAUUUAUUAUUCAUAUAUUGUACAAAUUCAUAUUUGUCAAAUGUACUAUUUAUCGUCAUUUUACAUAUUACUUAUAGACUUCGGAUUGUAUUAUUGUAAACAUUCUUCUAUAUAAGUCGUCGAUUUUACGACGAUAUAAUAAUUGAACUACAUUUUUUAACAUAUUUUUUUUAUAUAAAAUAUUUGUUUUCCUUUGAUGUUAUAAAUUUUGCUGUAAUCAUUGA